AUGGGACUUUUAGUUGGUGGAAAAUGGGUUGACCAAGGCUAUGACACCUCAAAGACGGGCGGAAGGUUCAUUGGAACUCAGUCUCAGUUUAGGAGUUUUGUUACCAGAGAUGGCAGCAGUGGAUUUAGAGGUGACUCAGGCCGAUAUCAUCUCUACAUUUCUUAUGCCUGCCCUUGGGCCCAUCGUACACUUAUCAUGAGAAGUCUUAAAAAUCUAGAAAAUGAUAUAUCAAUUUCUAUAGUAAACCCUCAAUUACUCGAAAAUGGUUGGACCUUUGAGGAAUUUGAAGGAAGCACUCCUGACACUGUAAACAACACCAAAUUCUUAUAUGAGGUUUAUCUAAAAGCCAACCCUGAAUACGAAGGAAGAGUUACUGUGCCUGUUCUCUGGGAUAAAGAGACCAAUACGAUCGUAUCCAAUGAGUCUUCAGAAAUCAUACUAAUGAUGAACAGCGGAUUCAAUUGUGGAAACGAUCGCGAUUUUUACCCUGAAGAGAAAAAAGCAGAAAUUGACGAAAUUAAUGCGCUUGUUUUUGAUAAAAUUAAUUACGGAGUAUAUAAAGCUGGCUUUGCUACUACUCAAGCAGCUUAUGAAGAAGCAGUCAUAGACCUUUUUAAUGCUUUAGAAGCAGUUGACCAAAGGCUUGAAAACCAUAGAUAUUUAGUUGGAAAUACCUUGACUAUUGCAGAUGUCAGACUUUUUACUACUCUUAUUAGGUUCGAUGUAGCCUAUGUAGGCAAUUUUAAAUGCAAUUUAAAGAGAAUUGAAGAUUUUAGAAACUUGCCUGAGUAUUUAAGGGAUUUAUAUCAGACUCCAGGGUUUGGAGAGACUGUGAAUUUCAAUCACAUAAAAACUGGGUAUUAUAAAAACAACAACAUGAAGAAUAUCAAUCCAACUGGAAUUAUUCCUCUAGGACCAAUUGUGGAUUAUGCAAGACCUCAUAAUAGAGAUAGAGUAUAUGAAGCUGCUGGGCAUUAA